CGUUCCCCCUCACUGCGGGGAGGAGGGGCGCGGGUCGGCGGGGUGACCGGGGCUCCGGGCAGCGCCGGGGCGGGGACUCGCGGCCGGGUAGGCGGGCGCGGCGCGCACUCUCAGCGGGGCGGCCCCGUCCUGCUCCUCUCGCCAGCCUCUCGCCAGCCUCUCGCCCGCCCCGGAGCGUCGGCGCCGCGCAUGGCCGAGGUGCUGGAGCCCGACCCCGCGACAGCCGAGCGCGCGGCGGCGCAAGCCGUGGAGACGCCGGGCUGGACGGCGCCGGAGGACGCGGGCCCCCAGCCCGGAAGUUAUGAGAUCCGGCAUUAUGGACCAGCCAAGUGGGUCAGCACUUCCGUUGAGUCCAUGGACUGGGAUUCAGCCAUCCAGACUGGUUUUACAAAGCUGAACGGCUACAUUCAAGGCAAAAAUGAGAAAGAGAUGAAGAUAAAGAUGACAGCUCCGGUGACAAGCUAUGUGGAGCCCGGUUCCGGUCCUUUCAGCGAGUCUAUUAUUACCAUUUCCCUGUACAUCCCCUCUGAACAGCAAUCCGAUCCGCCCAGGCCUUCAGAGUCAGAUGUCUUCAUUGAAGACAGAGCUGAAAUGACUGUGUUUGUACGGGCUUUCGACGGAUUCUCUAGUGCUCAAAAGAAUCAAGAACAACUUUUGACAUUAGCAAGCACUUUGAGGGAAGAAGGAAAAGUUUUCAAUGAGAAGGUUUACUACACCGCAGGCUACAACAGUCCUUUCAAGUUGCUUGAUAGAAAUAAUGAAGUGUGGUUGAUUCAGAAAAAUGAACCCUCCAAAGAAAAUGAAUGAGAAAAAAACCCGAGGAAGUUCCAUUGCUUACUGUAGACAUCAACACUACCUACCCACAAAAUGCAGGUCUAGUUGCUCUACCGGAGUGAACUGUGAUGAACUGAGCUUAUUUCCAAGGUGCCUUUUAAUGCUUGAAGCUUUAUCUAGAUACACAGGGAACAGGGGACAGUAUUCUAGAAACAUGUGAAUCAGUCACAGCUCUGGGGGAGUUUAUUUCUGUGAGGUUCCCGGGAAGUGUCCUGUUACUUGACCCUUCUUCACAUCAUGUUGCCUUUUUCGACUUGGAUUUGUGUCAUUUGGAUAUUAUCCCCUCCAGAUAUUAUCAAUAAAAAUGCCAAAGAGGUAUCCUGUAUCGCACGGCUAGGCUGUGAAGCCUUGCGAGGUGAAGUUCAGUUGAAAACAAAAAUCAGAUUCUUUUGCACCUGACCCUGUCACAUUCUUUGUGGGCUCCUCUUCCCCAUCUGCCCAACCGUCCUCACCGCAACAGAAAAUUCCCACCAUACCCUAAAGGGUCGAUAAUAUUUCAUGGCAAAGAACAAAUUUAUGAAGUUAGGGACUUCUAUUCCAAAACUCAAUAAAGGCAUGUUCUUUCCCGAAGGCAUGUAUACAAACAUGUAAUUUUAAAAUUCACACCCGCUUUUAAAGUAUUUCAUCUAGUAGGGCGCCUCAGUGGCUCAGUCGUUAAGCGUCUGCCUUUGGCUCAGGUCAUGAUCACAGGGUCCUGGGAUUGAGCCC